UUCAGUUUCGGUAUUCAUUUGUGUUCUUUCACCCCCAGGGGGCGCGUCCUUCCUUUGUGUAUAUAUUUGAUGUAUCGUGCAGAAUAAAGGUUGUUUUCCGUCCGUCCUUCAAAAACAUCACAUUGGCGACGAGGAUGUAGCCGUUCCAAGCUACCUUCGGCAUCCCGUACCGUCCGGCUACGCCCGCCCCGCCAUGAGCUUCCCCGGCCUCGCUCCGCCGCCGCCGUUCCUCCAGACGCCCGGCCGUCCGUCCCUGCCAUGGGAGGAGUGGGAGCAGACUUUUACAGUCUACCUUCUAGCGUCCGGAGCAGCUGAGUGCCCACCAGAGCGACGCAAGGCCAUUCUUCUGCAUUGUUUGGGGGCGGAAGGGCAGCGUGUUUUCCGGACUUUACCUGCAGGGUCAAGCGCCGCAGCACCGGCAGUUCAAGAUAAGCCUACCGCGGCCACUACUGACGUGUACGCGUCUGCACUCGCCGCCUUACGGAAGCAGUUUUCGACGUCGUGCAACCUAGUCGUCGAGCGUCAUCGUUUCCACCGCCGCAACCAACACGCAGGCGAGUCUGUUCAUGACUUUGUUGCUGCUUUACGGCAGCUGGUUUCGCAUUGUUCGUUCAAUUCACAAGAUGAGGCUCUCCGUGACCAAUUUGUUGCCGGCGUUGCUUCCAAUCGCAUACGUGAACGGCUCCUACUCGAGGGUUCCUCCCUGUCGUUCGAGAGCGCAGUACGAAUCGCUCUUCAGUUUGAGCAAGCAGCUGAAGAACUAAAGGAAUUCUCUGCUUCAGUCGAGCCUGUUUCUGUGCGUCGUCCGCAGUCUUCGCGAAAAACCAGUUCACAGCCAAAAGAGCAUUGUCAGCAGAACUUUUCAAGGAAACCGAGCGGUUCACGUGCGUCGCUGGGGCACCGCCCCCCUCGGCGAGACAGAGAUAACCGGUCCGUUUCACCUCACUGUUUUCGGUGCGGCUCGCGGAACCACCGCGCAUCAGCGUCACAGUGCCCAGCGCAGGGAAAGAAAUGUUCGUUUUGCGGCGUCAAGGGCCACUUUCAGAAAGUAUGCAACCGCAAGCGACAAACGCAAGGCAGGGUUCGUGAAGUUGAUUUUGAUGACAAUGUUUUGUCAAGUGGAAGUUCUGAGCAAGUUUUGACCGUGCAGCAUUCUGCUCGCAGAGCAAUAUACAUUAAAGUGGGCGUAACGGAUGUCAGCUUGACAUUUCUUGUUGACUCGGGGUCGUCUGUUUCGAUUCUGUCUGAACACGCAUUUCGUCGACAUUUUGAAAGCGUUUUGCUCCUUCCAGCUCCGCACGUCACCUUGCUUGAUUUUUCUAAGCGUCCAAUUUCCGUGCUAGGGUGUUUUCAGGCAGACGUUCAAUUUAAAGGGCGCUCUGCACCACUUCUUUUCUACAUCGUUCGCCAAGGCACCUGUCUGAUUGGCCUCGACGGCAUUAAGGCUCUAAAUCUUCGAAUUCAGGGUUCCACUCGCGAGUACCGCAAGGGGUCCACCAACACUGUGGCCGAUGCUCUUUCUCGGUUGCCAGCUCCUACGUCGGAGGCAGAACUUUCCAAGGAAGAAGAAAACGUCUCGUUGGUCGAGCCGGCUUCCAUGACGAAGGAAGAAUUCAAGCAAGCCGUCCUCAACGACGAUUGCCUGCAAACCGUCAAGUCGGUUUUCGGCACCAGCGUUCGCAAAAGACCCAGUAAAGGAACUGGCGCGACUGCGUCAAAGGGUCCGGCUUCAACAGCAAAGCAGCAAGGAGUACACGGACCGGAGGAGAGCUGCUAA